CCCGUCACUGGGGAUUAGCGCAGGGACAGCCCCGGCCUCGGCGACAGGCACAGGGGACAGGGCCACCCGCCACCUCGCCUGGAUGUAGGAGGCCUGGCCGAGCGGCGAGGACCGAGGGUGACAUCCCCCAUCCCUGCGCUGGGCGAGGACGGGGACCCCCCCGCGCCCCCCCAGCCUUUGGGGGCACCAUGAAGGACCGGCUGGAGCAGCUCAAGGCGAAGCAGGAUGCGGACGAUGAGGAGGAGCUGGAGAUUGCCGUGGACAAUACGGCCUUCAUGGACGAGUUCUUCUCGGAGAUUGAGGAGACCCGGCAGAACAUCGACAAGAUCUCAGAGAACGUGGAGGAAGCCAAGAAGCUCUACAGCAUCAUCCUCUCAGCCCCCCUCCCAGAGCAGAAGACCAAAGAUGACCUGGAGCAGCUGACGGCAGAGAUCAAGAAAAUGGCCAACAGCGUCCGUAACAAGCUGAAGAGUAUGGAGAGGAACAUUGAGCAGGACGAGGCACGAUCCUCCGCCGACCUCCGGAUACGCAAGUCCCAGCACUCGGUCCUGUCCCGCAAGUUCGUGGACGUCAUGACCAAGUACAACGAGGCGCAGGUGGAUUUCCGGGAGCGGAGCAAGGGCCGGAUCCAGCGCCAGCUGGAAAUCACCGGCAAGAACACAACGGAUGAGGAGCUGGAGGAGAUGCUGGAGAGUGGGAACCCCUCCAUCUUCACCUCGGGGAUCAUGGACUCGCAGAUCUCGAAGCAGGCGCUGAGCGAGAUCGAGGGGCGGCACAAGGACAUCGUGCGCCUGGAGAGCAGCAUCAAGGAGCUCCACGACAUGUUCGUGGACAUCGCCAUGCUGGUGGAGAAUCAGGGAGCCAUGAUCGACCGCAUAGAGAACAACAUGGACCAGUCCGUGGGAUUCGUGGAACGGGCCGUGGCUGACACCAAAAAGGCUGUGAAGUACCAAAGUGAGGCCAGGAGGAAGAAGAUCAUGAUCAUGUUGUGCUGCAUCAUCCUUGCCAUCAUCCUGGCAUCCAGCAUCGGGAGCAUCUUCGCCUGAGCCCCCCACCCGCUGCCCUCCAGGUGGCCUUUCCCCCUCCUGCCCCCCUGCCCGGAUGAUCCAUGGGAGAGAGCCCGGCCAAGCCCUGAUCCCCGGAGCCCCGAGGACAUCCCACGUGUCCCUGGAGGAGUGGAGCCCACCCGCCACGCUCCCCGCUGCCCUCCCAGCGCCGAGGUCCCCUCGCUCCUCCUUCUCCUCCACUCGGGUGACAGUCGGUGGCCGCUGUGACAAGCAGCCCCUCCUCGGUGGCACAGAGCCGCCGGAGGGGCCGUGUCCCUCUCAGGGUGGGACACAGGGCUCUGCCUUGCCAGGGCAGCCGGAGGAGCCUCUCCCUGUGCUUGGAGCUCCUUGGAUGUGCAGCCACCCAUGCUGGAGCCUUCCUCCUCAAUAAAGAGC